ACAGAGACGCCAAACGAGUUUUGUGUCGGUCCUACUGGGCUUCCGUAGGUUUUUACAAACCCGGAAAAAAAUGGCGGAUAAUGAGCAAAGUUUUUAAAGUGGUUAGCUAGCUUUUAUAAAGUCGUUUAGAGGAGGUAUUAUGUCAUUGUUCUUAUAAAUAAAAUACUCUCUGGUGUAGUUAGUGACAAACAUAUUCUCUGUUACACCCUGUAGUUACAUGUUUGUUUGUUUGUUUGUUAUUUACCGGUUUGCUUUGUUAUUGUUACUUUAGCUUGAAAACACCAGACUUGUUUUGCUCUAAAAGUAAAAUACAACAAAGUUUGUGUAGUUGUGAUGGUUUGUGUCGCAUCUAGCUUGUGUUUUAAUACAGCUGGUGGUUGUCAUGAGCUAGCUGAAUUAGCCAAGUGCAGCUCCAGUCAGAAGCAGAAGUCGUCAUUAAGAGAUUAUUCACUUGGUCUUGUGUUUUAAACAACGUCGUGAGGAUGAAGCUACAAACAAACGUACGGCGUAAUUUGCAUUGUCGCUGAAUUUUUUUGUCGAGGUUCAGAAAUGUGCAGGUUUCUGCGUUACUGUUUCAGUCAUUCACUUUAUACAGCCAUGAACAGACUGGAGGAGCUUCCGGCUGGAGCGAGUGUGCGCUCGUCGGUUCGUUACUUGGGCUAUUUGUCCACGCUGAACCUGCUCGUUGCGAUAUGUCUGGGUCUGUAUACGCUCUGGGAGAACACAGCAGAAACUGUCCUUCUGGUCAUCUUCAUCCUGGCCCUUUUUGUCUUGGGUAUCGUCAGCAUCCUUUACUACUACUUCGGUAUGGAGAGGAUCAGUUUCGGACUCUUUCACCUGUGGUUGGGAUUCCUGCUUGGUUUGCUGGGGUUUCUUAAGAACCCUUCCGUAGCUGAUUUAAAGGAGCAAGUCAGCAGUUACAUGCUGAUAACCAGCAUGGUUAUAAGAACACUGUGGGCUCUGGUGGAACGAAUCUGCGGCUGCACCAAACAAAGACCGGCACUCCUGACCUCUGCUGAGAUGUUGGAGCUUAUAGGAUUUGCUGUGGCCAGCACAAGCCAGUUGGUCCAUGCCUCCAUGAGCCUCGUAGCACUGACAUUGGCUGUUGCCGCUAUGCUUGUGGACUUGCGUAUGAAGUCUUUCCUGGCCCUUCCUAACCUCAUCUGCUUCUCUGUAGUAACAGCGCUCUUCUUCUUCAACUCUCUGGGCAUUUCUCCAAACCCUUACGUGCUGGUGUGUUUUCUCUGCCGCCUCCUGUGUGAGCCCCUCUUGGAUCUGUACUUCAGUGGCCUGUCAGUGACCGAGCGUUGGUCCCCGUUUCUGAGAAGAGGAGGUUUGUGGAGGCGACUCAGUCUCCUGCCUCUGCUUUCUGUUGAAAUCACGUUCCUGGUUCUGGCUGCUUUCAAGAUGGGUGAACUGGACCAGUGGUAUUUGGUGAUACCGGGUUUCUCGGUAUCCAGUUUUUUCUGGAUCAUCUGCCACGUGGUCUUCUUGGUUACCCUCUGGGGUUUCCAUAGCAAGCUGAGCGACUGCCAAAGAGUGUGUGUGGCUCAGAGGGCUAAUCCUGGGGCAUUGGACAGGGUGAUGACCUCCAAAGGCAUGCGUCACUUCUGCCUUGUCUCAAAACGCUUAGUGCUCUUCAGUCUUGUGUCCACGGCUGUACUCGGUGCACUUUCAUGGCAGCCAAACAGCAGCCUGUUCAUAGGGGUGUUUCUGCUGGUUCUGCCUCUCGAGUCUCUGGCUUAUGGGCUUUUCUAUGAGCUAGGAAACUGUCUUGGAGGAACGUGUGUGGGUUAUGCAGUGGUCAUCCCUACAAACUAUUGCAGUGUGGAUGGACAGCCCACACCAUUGCCCCCGGAUGAGGUGCAGGAGCUGAAUCGGCGCACUACAGGCAUGCUGAACAAUGUGCAGCACUUCUUCUCCCACCACAUGAUGAAGAUUCAUGGCUGCGAUUACUCCAGCAGUGGUGUGACGCGGGAUGCAAUGCAUUCCAAGAUCCGCUCCUUCCUAGAGGCACACACAGCGGAUGGUCCGCGCUACGACACGUACAUCCUGUUCUACAGCGGCCACACGCACAGCACCGGAGAGUGGGCUCUCAUAGGUGGAGAAGUGGUGCACUUGUCUGAGAUUGUGCAGAUGUGGAGGGAGAAAAACGACGAUUACUCCUCUCGCCUCAUCGUCGUGCUCGACACAGAGAACUCGCUGCCGUGGGUGAAGGAGGUGCGCAAAGUGGAGGGGGUUUAUGUAGCAGUACAAGGGGCCAUACUGGUGAACUCGAUGGACAUAGAGCUCCAGAACCUACCUCAGAUUGGACAUUUCACCGCCGAGUGGGUGGAGUUUAACUGCAACCUCGACAGCAACGUGAGCUGGGCUGAGCUCGACCGCACCGUCAAGGCAACCUAUGGCAUCUCCAGCCACUGGGGGGACUACAAGCUGCACCUGCCUACAGGAAGCGACGUCAAUAAGCACUGGAGGCAGAAUUUUCCACGCUGGACUUAUCCUGUGGUGCAACUGGCGCACUGGAGCGUCUCUCUGGACCUGUUCUGGAUUUGCAGCAUGUGUAUGUGCUUCCUUCGCAGGCUCAAGUUGAGGUGGUUUCCUCCCACAGUGCUCGACACCGGCCAGGGCUUCAAACUGGUCAGGUCGUAAGAACAGACAGAGCAUAUGCAAGUCUCACUGUUAGGGGUAGACCUUAGCGAUUAUUAGCACUCAAAUGUGACAUGGAUCUAAUGAGCCCAAGCAAUAACAGUUUGUAGUUUGAGAAGGAUUUGCUCAAGUCAGAGAGCGUGUGCACGUGUUUCCACAGAGGAAAUUGUAAAAGUUUUAAAGCAAAACCAGAAGCACUGCAAUGCAAGACACUAACAGCGCAUGAUUUCAUAUUCAACUAAUUAUACUAAUCUUUGUUUUUGUUUUUGUUUUUUUACACCAUUUGACGUACUCGCUCAGGGACAGGGAUUCAUCCCUAAAGUAAAACUCGGAGUGUUUGUUAAACAAUGUCUUUAUGCUCAAAGCUUUUCACGUUCCCUGUUACCUGCUAACUCGAGUACAACUAGAGCUCGAUGAAAUUCAACGACAUUCGUUUUAGGUUACAGGUCUCAAUGGUCAGAAUUUACGAUCAGAUUUAUUUACGAUGAUCUAUUUAUAUUGAUGUAUUUUUUCGGAAAAAUUAAUAUUUGACUUAAAAGCAUUUUGUCCUUUUGUAAAUUUUGAUAUUUAUUCUUUACCUCAUAGGCAAUUUGAGCUUUAAGGGGAAUUCAGGAACACUGUGCUUUUGCAUUAAUACAAUCUGAGCUGUUGGUCCACAGGGAUGAUCACAAGGUUAUUUAAUGACCUAAUGUUUGCAAAAGGAAAAAAUAUAUUUAGACCUUAGCUAGACUAAAUACGUCUAGUAUAAUAACUGGCCUAUCAUAACUUGUUGCUUUUAACAAAAGGGUUUUUUGUUUGUUUUUGUUUUUCUGUUUUCAAAUAAGUGCCUUAUUAUGGCUGCGACUCUUCACUAACAAGCCAGUCAUUAUCUGCAAUUGACCUGUUUAUAUAAAAGAGUGAUGUAAAAAAAAAAAAAUCAGAUUACCUCAGAGACGUGUGAGGCUAAUGAACAAAAGCUGAUAACCAAUAAAGUUGUAAAUUUGU